CAGAAGGAAAAAGAUUUGCCAUAUCGCUUGCCCUUCAAAAUCAAAAUUAGAGGCUCAGAAGGAAAAAGUGUGCAGAUCCUAAAAUGACUCUCUUGCAUGUGCACUUAUAUUUUACUGGUUCGGUCUUCUGGAUGAUGCAGAAAUCCAGCUCCUACAUGCUGCCCAAUACUACUGAGGUCCUUUACCCAACCGGUAGCACUAAGGCAGGCCACACAUCUGGCCUGGGUGUACCAAGGACUCGCAGGAAACGUUAUAUUUCCCCCCGGGAUAUGAGCGUGCUUUUGGACUACCACAACCAAGUGCGGGCACAAGUGUCUCCACCAGCGUCUAAUAUGGAAUAUAUGGUGUGGGAUGAGAGGCUUGCCAGAUCUGCAGAAGCCUGGGCAAGACAGUGUGCAUGGGAACAUGGACCUCCACAACUGAUGAAAUUCAUUGGUCAAAACCUCGCCAUUCACUCGGGCAGGUACCGUUCAGCUUUGGACCUUGUGAAAUCUUGGUAUUAUGAGAAGCGCCAUUACUCCUUCCCUUAUCCUCAUGAAUGCAAGCCCAGCUGCCCUUCCAAAUGCAGCGGUCCUGUCUGCAGCCAUUAUACCCAGAUGGUGUGGGCUUCUAGCAACAGAAUCGGCUGUGCCCUCCAUACGUGCACCAACAUCAAUGUGUGGGGCAGUACGUGGCCCCGAGCAAUCUACUUAGUGUGCAAUUAUGCCAUCAAGGGAAACUGGGUAGGAGAAGCACCUUACAAAAUGGGGAGACCUUGCUCGGCCUGCCCACCUAGUUACGGAGGCACCUGCAGCAACAACAUGUGUUACCUAGGACUCAAAUCCAAUAAAGUGAGCUGGUUCUGAACCAGGCAUAUGUGCUCUGAACGCCAGCACAGAUCUUCUGGAAAUGGCAGAAGCAUGGCACAGUGUACAGCAAAAUGUAAAAUAAGUUGAUU